AGGGCCUUUGGCUCAAGCCUGUCCACUUGUCUGGGGAUCUAUGUAGCUAUAUAUGUAGCUGCUGUAGCUAUAAUCAGGCCUUUCAUGGAGACCGACCCGACUCGACAUGACAAGAGGGUCAGUUUGAAGAGUAAGUCGAGCAAGGCGAGCAGAAAGAGCGUGCUUUCUCUGAAGCGUAAAGGAUCGCAGAUAACACUGCAGGUCAGGAGACGGGCGGAUCGGUCACAGCCACUGACGGCACAACGGCUCCCAGAGAUCAUUAAUGAGAUUGGCAUGGGCUGGUACCACCUAUUAACCUUCAUCAUGCUGGUUUUCACACCUCUUGCUGAAGGCGCCGGGAUGAUAGUCAUGACCAACAUCACCCACGCCUUGAAGCAUGAAUUUCAUUUGACUGAUUGGCAAGCUGGCAGCUUGGAUGCCUUCUCUUUCACGGGGCUGGCCUUGGGGCAUUAUGUGGCUGGCUUCGUUGCAGACCUGAAGGGAAGACGGCUACCCAUGGUUCUGGGGUACUUGGGCAUCAGCCUUUGCAGCCUCUUCAUGACGAUGGCGUCUGGGUACAAGUCGAUGGUCUUGCUAAGGGUUUUACACGGCUUUUCCUGCGGUCUGGGCGUGCCGCCUGCCAUGUCCAUGAUCGCGGAGAUCAUGCCCGCGGAUUGGCGGCCCUUCAUGUUCAUCACCUUCUGGAGCUUCACGGCCGUCGGGGAGACCUACGCCUGCUCCGGCCUGGUCGCCUUCAUGCCGAAUUUACAAGAAUCCUGCUGGAAACAGGCGGUGAUGUGGUCCGCCGCGCCUGCCUUCAUUAUGCUGCUUCUCUCCGUGGCAAGACUGCAAGAGAGUGCUCACUGGCUGGCAGUGAGGGGCCGACUUGUGGAGGCAAGGGUUGUCCUGGAGCAAAUGGCGAGGCUGAAUGGGAACCUGGAAACCCUGAAGAAGCUGGGGCCAGCCCCAAUGCACGACCUAUCCAUGCUCUACAACGUGGCGGGCAUCACUGCGCGGCAGACUAGUGGGCAGACGUCCGAUGAACAUGGGCACGCAUCUCCAGGAGAGAUUUUCAGGAUCCUGGUUCAACCUGAUCUUUUAAAGAUGGUUGCCUUGUUCUCUAUUUUGGCGAGUGUGGGCAAUAUCGCGACAUUUGGGAUGAGCAAUAUUUGGCCUGAGCUUCUCCGCGAGAGCAGCCAUUCGGCCCAUGCGGCCCAUGAUUCGGAUUCGGAGUCGGCCCAUGGUUUGGGCCCUGCAGAGAAGCUGACCUUGAUCGUGAGCGUGGGCGUGCCAGUUGGAGUCGUCGCCGCAUUGCUCUCACUCUCCAAAGCCGCCUCCCACCGGGCCUUCAUUGUUCUGUCUGGCCUUGCUGGCUGCAUUGGAGUGUCAGGUGUCAUUCUGUGCCAACACAUGCCGGCCCUGCUCCUCACCAGCAUGCUGGUCACGCACAUGUCUGGGACCUUGGGAUACUCCGUGGCAAUGAUCUUUUGCGAAGAGUCCUUUCCAACAGACAUCCGCGCAUCUGCAACCGGCAUUGUCAUUUUCUGGGGCACACUUUGGGCAGUGGCUUCGCCCUUGCUGCUCACUGCUGUGGGGCAAGGCGGAUUUCUGGUGAUUGCUGGCGCGGCUUUUGGCGUUGCAUCAUUGGCAGCUCUGCCUCUGCAAGAAACACGCGGCGGGGAACUCAAAGAUUUUGCGGAAGAGGCGGCAGUAGAGGCGGAAGAGGCGGAAGAAUACGACUCCGACAGCGACGACGAGAGCGACGCUGAAGUGGAGCAUGCCCAGCUUUCGUGGGCAUUUGCCAACGGCACCCUUGGUGCUGCUAUUGAGCUGUCUUUGCUUUCCGGGCUGCUGGGGGCAGUACCUGGUGUUUCCUUUACUUCCUUCUACUGCUCCAUGGGCUUCAUCAUCGAUCGAUGCAAAGACCGCAGCUUCUUCGCCAAGGAGAUGCUGGUCGGGAACUGCGUUGCCGUGGCUAUGCUGGUGAUCAUGCCGCGACUUGGUCCUUGGAUGGAUCGGAAGCUGCAGAUUCACAAGUCCAUGUUUGUCCGCCUGGUUGUGAGCGCCUUCAUGCUUGCAGUGGUGGACUUGAUGAUGGCAUUCCCAGAGGACGAGUUCAGCAUGCUGACGCUGGGCUGCAUCCAAGCCUUCCUGAAUGUGAUGAUGCUGAACACCAGCUUGUCACUGGCUUCCAAGCUCAGGAGCGGGCGAGGACGGAGCUGGGUGCAGCUGGGCUUUGUGAGCGGGGGGCUGGUGCCGGUGGUCCUGGUGCCCUUUACGAAUUUCGGGCCGCGGAGUGGCCUCGGCCAACGCCUCGCCUUCUACGCGGCCCCCGCUGCCUUCUGCGGCCUUGCAGGGCUUCUCUUCUGGGCCUACCACCGCCAAGUGGAGCUCAUGGGCAACGCGAACACGGGCAGGGGCAACAUGGCCGAGCUGGCGCGGGCCUACAGAGACUUCGGCAACGAGGGACAAGUGGCACAAGCACAAGUGGCGCAAGCGCGAAACCCUUCUUGGAGUCAACAAGCUCGCGUCGCCUUCCCUGUGGUUUUGGGCUAUCAAAUGGCGUCCUACUUCUUCGCCGGUCUCUUCCCAAUCCUCGAUGAUGCUGCCAUAGCGUUCGAGAUGUACCUCUACAUGAUAUGCGGGGACAUGCUGGGCAGCUUUGUGGCCUUUGUUUGGACCAGCUCCGUAGAUCUCAGUUUGAAAGCCGACAUCACCUUUGUGUCCCUGGUUCUGUUGAGCCUCACAAGCACAGCCACUGCUUUGAUCCCCUCUAUUGCAACCAUUAGCGAAGCGUCACAACAGCCACACGCGUUGCAGCGCCUUCCUUCCUUGAAUGACUCAGUGGCCACGCUUGUCUUUUCUACGUUCUUCUUCGGCUCCUUUUCCAAAGCUGGUUUGGAAGCAUUCUGUCCCAAAGUGAUGCGAGCGCGUCUUGUUGGCGUGCUGCUUGGUCUUUUGGGCGUCCUGCUGUGCUACCUCACGAUACUCAGCAGCUUGAACGCGCCGCCCAAGUUGGUGCACACUCAAAGCGGGCCCCUGGCCACUGUUGCUGCGGAGUUGCGGCAAGCGCAGAACCUACAGAGCGCCCGCCGCGUGCGCCUUAGCCACAAUUUAGGCGUGGAGAUCACGCACGCUGGCGUGUUGCGCAGAGAGAUAGGCAGAUGAUUAGCCACAAUUCAUAACGCAGAAGCAAAUCAG